UUAGGUUUAGAUGAACAUCUGCUUUUAAAUAAUUUUUUAUACAAACUAAUUUUAAAUUACCAAAUUAAUUUCUGUUCUUAUCAGUUUAUUUACAUUUUAUUUUAUUUUGUGUUGCGUAAAUGGCUUCUGCAGGUCAUUUGGAAUUGUCAGACUUCAUAAAAUCGGUCCAUCAGAAUUUACGUGAGGCAUCUAAGAGAAUAGGAUCGGAACAUGCAUGGCAAAACCAUUGUAGUGAUGAAGAAAACCUUAAAAAGUAUGCUCAUUCAAUGCAAGAACUAGCCUGCCAAUAUUGGGAAAAAAAUAUCGAAUCAAACACAAAAUCAAGAAUAAAGUGGACGGUCGACAGCUGCAUGAACUAUUUUACAAAUGAAAUUAGUAAAUUUAGAAAUAAAGAAAAAGAUAUAUCUCUGAAAAUAAAUUGUGAACUUGCUGAAUCGGAUUCGUAUGAGCUACAGAAGACGACCAAAUUAAAACUGCUAGAUGUAGGUAGCUGUUACAAUCCCUUCAAUAAAUUCGAAGUGUUUGAAGUAACUGCUAUAGACAUUGCUCCAGCAGUUGAUGGAGUAUAUAAAUCUGAUUUUUUAAAUGUCAAAGUGGGAGACACUUUGGCUCCGAACAACAACGGCUUUGAUGAAUUACCAAGAAACUAUUUCGACAUCGUAGUAUUUAGUUUACUAUUGGAGUAUCUGCCAAGCCCAAAGCAGAGGCUCCUGUGUUGCGAAAAAGCCUAUGAAAUAUUGAAGAACGAGGGUCUCUUAAUUGUGAUAACACCUGAUUCCAAUCAUGUGGGUGCUAAUGCCAAGUAUAUGAAGUCCUGGCGCUACGUUUUAGCCAAAAUAGGUUUCUCGAGAAUAAAAUAUGAAAAACUUCCCCAUGUCCAUUGUAUGGCGUUUCGUAAAGCCAUCAGUAAAGCAGUAGCUAGUAGGUGGGCGGAAUUGCACGAAAACGAGGAACUGUUUGAAGAAAUUUAUAUCCCGCAGGAUUUUAAUAAUUCAAAUAAAGAACGUACAAAUAACUGUGAAGUGGGUAGUGAUAGGACGCAGAGUAUUUUUGUAGAUUUUGCAGAAUUACCAGAAUGUGAUAUUUUUUAAUAAAGUAGUUUGU